AUGCCGCGACGAAAACUGACCGAGGAAGAGCGUUUAGCUGCGAAAAAACGACACUUGGAAAAGUGUAAGCUGCGUAAUAAAUCUGAUAAAUAUCGUGAAAAAGAUGCUGAAAGACAGCGUAAAAAGCGAUCAGACCCUAAAUCUCGUGAACGCCAAAAUCAAUUGCGUCGUGAUCGCCGUGAAAGGAAGCGCAAAUCAGAAGAUGUUGGUGGGGACCAGCCAUCAACAUCUUCUUCGGAAAAUAAAAAGCCUCGUAAAGACCUUUCACUUAUCCCGCAUUGCUCGAAUGUGCUGGAGUUGAUGGAAAUUUCGGACUUUGAUGAAUCUUCGAACGAAAAUCAUUCUCCCCUUGAUUCUUCGUCGAACGCUCAACCGGACCUCGAUUUAAACGAUUACCAGAACCACACUGAAUGGAUGAAAAAACAGACUAAAUUUUUCGAAUCUGUAUCGGAUGGACCCGUUCAUCGCUGUUACUGUUGUGAUCGGUUAUGGUUCAUGGAUUCAUUGAGAAAGUUGGCAAAAACCGAUUUGAUCUUCAAAUCAUUUACGAAUGAUCAGAUGAAGUUCAUUUUCUAUGUUGACCGUGGAAACGACGGAUACUUUUGUUACACGUGCGUUGCGUCCUUUAAACUUCGAAAGAUGCCAGCGUUGUCUGCCAACUACGGAUUUUACUAUCCCAAGUUACCCAAUUGUCUCAGGUAUCUGAACGACGUAGAAGAAACCCUCGUGGCUAAACGAAUCCCGUACUACCAGAUUCGCGUACUGGGUAGAGACGGACAGCUGGGUGUUGUCGGAUCCAUCGUGAAUGUUCCCAUUAAAUGGCAGAAAACCAUUACUCAGUUGCCUCGACUUCCCACUGAAAGUAACAUUUGCUUCGUCCGCGUGAAAAAACACAUGAAACUCAAAUCAUCCUACUUGGAAGCAAACAUCGACAAGGAUCGUGUCAUCAGAGCCGCGAAAUAUUUGGUACAGAAACCUCUGUACGCUAGUGAAUCCAUCACAUUCAAUGAGAGUUGGCUCGAGUCCCUUGAAGGAACAGACUUUCCUUCGGCAGAUCUUUCCAAAACCAAAGAAAUUGAACCUGAUCCAGAAGAGGAUGCCGAGCAUCUAGAUCCAGUGGAUGCGAUUGAAGAGGAUAACUUAGAAGAUGACAGCGAUACCGAUACGGAAGAUGACGCGAAACCACCCGAUGCAGAUCAGCCUCAAAGCGAAGAGGAGACUGAUUUCGAAGAUGAAGAGGAUGGCUUGAAUCCUGACCCUGCCGAGACAGUCAUCGAUGGCGGAUUUUAUAAGUUCGAUGGUUUGGCCAUAGCUCCUGGUCAAGACCAACGACCCAUUUCUUUGGUCUUCGACGAAGUGGGAGAAGAGUUGUCUUUUCCGCGAAUCUAUUGCGGAGAGAUGAGAAAAUUUUCUCGACCCAAGCAGCCUUCGUUCGCUGAAAUUUCGAGAUCAGAAGUCCGUCGUUUUGAUCGGCGUGGAGCCACACCAAAGAAAGUUCUCUACAAUCAUCAGAAACUCCUUCACGAAAAAUUACUGAGUUCCAUUUCCAUUUGCUUGCGCACGAAUGCGUUGCAGAAAGAUGGACCAAUCACAGCCAGUAGCAUGCAGGAUCCCGAAUUCGUUCGUUCGCUCAUGUACAAAAACCUGGCUUACACGUUCACGAAGAACAUAAAAUCCAGUCCAGCUCAUUGGAAAAACGAACGCGCUCGAGUCUUUGCGAUGAUGCGUCAGUACGGCUUGCCGACCAUCUUCUUGACACUUUCUGCGGCGGAAAACCGAUGGUACGAUUUGAUCAAACAUUUAAAGAAAAUUCACUGCAACCACGAUCUCACGUUGGAAGAAUUCAAUGAAAUGCGCGUGAAAGACAAAAACGACUUGAUCAAAAAGGAUCCCGCGAUUUGCGCGUUGUACUUCGAUUACAAAGUCAAACAACUCUGGAAGACGUUUUCGUGUAAGCAAGGCCCAUUUGGAACCCUGAAGGUGACGCAUUUCUUCAAGCGAACGGAAUUUCAGCAGCGUGGGAGUCCUCAUUUUCAUGUCUUGAUUUGGCUGGGGAACGCUCCUCAAUACAAAGAAGACGACGUGGAGGAGAUCGAAAGUUUCGUUGAUACGAUCAUGACGUGUUCGAAAAAAUCAGCGUUCGCGAGGAAUCAGACGCAUCAUCAUACGUACACGUGCAAGAAGAAAAACCAGAAGAGCGCCAAGAACGACGAGGACGAUUUCUGCAGGUUCAAUAUUCCGUUCUUCCCGAUGGAUCGAACUCGAUUGCUGGAACCUUUGGAGAAAGAGGACCCGAAUUACAGCAAAGAAAACCAUUCGAAGAUUCGAUCGUACUUGGAGAAACUCUACCAUAAAACGCCGUCCAUGUCGUUCCAAAAGUUUCUGAAAAAAUUGGACCUCUCCCGCAAAGAUUACAUUUUCGCGGUGCGUUCGGGGAUCAAUCGCCCGACGAUCAUGCUGAAAAGAAACGUGGACGAAAUUUUGAUCAAUAACUACAACCCCAAGAUCAUGGACUUGAUGCAGUCCAACAUGGACAUUCAAUUCAUUCUAAACGGGUACGCGGUCGGAGCAUACUUGGUAGAUUACGUGAACAAAGCCAAUCGCGGUUUGUCGAAGAGCUUGAGAUUAUGCAUCGAACAGACGAAGGAAGGCAAUUCCUCCCUGCGUAACAAGUUAAAGACAGUGACAAACACUUUCAUUAACACGGUCGAAAUCACUGCACAAGAAGCGGCAUGGUCUCUCCUCGAACUCCCGAUGAGCGAAAUGUCAGAAGCGGACAUUUUCAUUGCGACGUUUCCCCCCACUCAACGAUCGCGUGUCGUUAAAUCGCAGGAACAUCUUCGUUCCAUGGAUUUGUCGUCGGAAGAUGUGUUCGAGAAGAAUAUUUUAGACCGCUACGCGAACCGACCGCAGUGUUUGGAAGAUCUAUGCCUCGCGGAUUUCGCAGCGUGGUACGAAAACGCGAGAACGGGAAAAGCGGACCUUAAGUUCCUGGAUGGAAGUGGUUACGUAAGACGACGCAGGAAAGCAAAAAUCAUUCGGUACAGGAAUUACAGCAAAUCGGUCGACGAGACGGAAUACUACCGCGAGCAACUCAUGCUCUUUACGAAUUGGAGAGACGAACAGUCAGAAAUCUUGGAUCAGAACUACAAGGCCGUUUACGAAAACCGUGAGGAAUUCAUUAAAAACAAUCGCCAGAAGUACGUCUUCAAAGAGGGCUUGGAAGAUGAAUUGAUGGAAGUUUACAAAUCAUGCGAAGACGAUUCGGAAAACGGUUCCAAGGAAAAGGAUGAAGAACUCUGCCCCGAAGUCCGUUUAAUGGACGACGAGGAUGAGCCAGACAUUGAGCGUGACAUGGAGGCCGCGCGUGGAAAAGAUUACGCCAUCUUCAAAUCCAACCUGAAAUGUUCGGAAGAGGAGUACCAGACCAUGAUCCGCCAGUGCAACAAGAAACAGUUCCAUAUACUGAAAGAAAUUAGUCACCAUUUGCGAUACGAGAAGGAACCGUUGGAUAUGUUCAUCCAAGGAGCUGCUGGCACGGGAAAAUCAUUCCUGAUAAACGUGUUGACGGAGACGAUGAUUCGAAUAUUCGAAGACGUUGACGAAGACCCGUCGUUACCCACGGUCUUGAAAACGGCUCCGACGGGGAAAGCGGCUUCGAACAUCGGUGGCGUGACGUUACACUCGGCAUUUAAUCUACCAUUCGGAGGGAAACUGGAAGAGUUGAGUGACUCGAAAAGGAACGAAUACCGAACCAAGUACCGAAACAUGAAAUGCCUGAUCAUCGAUGAAAUUUCCAUGGUUAGUUACGGCAUGUACAACUGUGUGGACCAACGGUUGAGAGUCAUCGCGGACCAAAAUAUUCCUUUCGGUGGCAUUCAUCUCUUGAAAUUCGGAGAUCUACGACAAUUAGCUCCUGUACACGGAAGCGCCAUUUAUCUGAUGCCACGCACAUCGAACGUGAUAGAUCACUUGGGGGACAAUCUCUGGAUGAGAACGAAAUACUACGUCUUGGAUGAGAUCAUGAGACAAAAAGACGACAAAGUCUACGCAGAGCUGCUGAAUCAUUUAGCGUCCGGAUACUUGUCGGAAGACGAAAUAAAAUUUCUCAAGUCGAGGGAAACGCCGUUCGAAGAAGUCCCUCAAACGGCAGUCUUACUCUUUCACUCAAACAAGAGCGUGGAUGCAGCCAACGCUCAGAAAUUAAAGAACACCUUCGAGUUUUCCAUGGAGUGUGCGGCCGUGGAUGUCGUGACGGGAUGCGGUUCGCGUGAAGCAAAACUGAAGACCUUGGAGAAAGCGAAGAGGAAGAAACGUACCGAAACGUCCAACCUAGAAAAGAUGCUGCAGUUGAAAGUGGGCAUUCAUUACAUGCUGACAUACAACUUGGAUACCUCGGACGGUUUAGUGAACGGAGCUAUCGGAGUUUUGCGGUUCAUCGAAACGUGUCGCGCCAAAAAGUACGGACCGAACGGAGAAUCGGACGAAAGGGCAGUAAAACGAAUUUGGCUGGAAUUCGAGGAGAAUGAGAAAAUCGGAAAGUUUCGAAGAGAGUACUACAUGAAACACAUGAUCGAACGAAGAAUCAACCCGAAGUGGACUCCGAUCGAGCGCGUGACCAAAUCCAUUCAUAGGAAAGGGCCGUUAUCGGUCACGAGAAACCAAUUGCCGGUCAUUGUCUCUGAAGCCAUGACGAUCCAUAAAUCUCAGGGUGCCACUUUCUCAGAAGUUUGCGUCGGAAUGAAAGAAACCAUGCCGAGAGCAUUGCAAUACGUAGCCCUUUCUCGCGUCACGAAAGCGUCUGGACUCUACAUUGUCGGCAAGUACAACCCGCCGAUCCCGCCCUCGAAAAACGACCAUGUGUUUCUGGAACUGAAACGUUUGCAGAGCCAAAUCCUGGAGCCAAAGUUCCAAUUCUUACACGAAAGGGGAGACGCGUAUCAGUACCAAGUCAUGUAUCACAACGUAAGAUCCCUUCCCAAGUAUCAGGACGUCAUCCGUUCCGAUUACUGCUUCAUGAGCAGUGAUCUGCUGCUUUUCGUAGAAACACGAACGAUCGUGAGCGAUCAUUACGAGUUUCCCAAUUUCUUUCUGGCAGCGCAUGUGCCCAACCAGUUAGAAGUUCGGAAACCGACGGGAAUUUGCGUGUACGUGAAUCAACGCUUACGAUCACAAGUGCGAGCUCCAUUCGUCAUCGCAGACUACCAACUCGGCAUACAUGUUGCCGGAAUCACGUUGAGCAACGAUUGGUGUAUCGCCGCGAUUUACGCAAAACCGAAAGCCAAAGCCAAGAACGUCCUCAAAGCCCUCAAGAGUUUCGUGGCGACGUAUGAUGACAAAAAGAUCGUUCUUCUAGGAGACUUCAACAUCGAAAUGGAUCCCGUGCGAGGGAGAGAACGCGGAAAAUACUUUCGUGAGCUCAUGGAAAGACGCUGCAAGUUGCAGUUACGCACAAAUCCAAAAGAAGCGACGACGAGAAAAAACACCACGAUCGACGCAAUCUUCUCAAGUCCCGACAUUGAGAUGAGAUGUGGUGUGUACGACAGCUCUUACAGUGAUCAUGUGCCAUUGUACGCUAACUUUUAG